AUGCUUGUGAAAGCACGACAAAUUCAAUUUAAUCCAGAGGGGACAAAGUGGGUAGAAGUGAGAGUGGAGGUUCUGGGAUCGAAUGGAAAGGUUAACACGAGAUACAAUGGCGGUGUAGCUGCCUCCCUCAUUUUAGCAGAUUCAGACGAAAUUCCGGAGAGGUCCGAAGACGUUCCGUUGGAAAACCAAGAGGGAGUAGUAUCUGAAAGAGCAGUCGGCAUAGCAUCAAGCGUCGCGACUGGCGGAGUUGCCGUUCUGCACUUCAGUCCUCCCGCUGACGGAAACUAUCGGUUUAGCAUCACCUGCGGAGGCUGUAACCACAAACUCAAUACAGAGAAGCACCAUUUUUCAGCAGGAACGCAUGCAGUUCUUAAGGUCACGUCACAGCCCUCAGGGGCGACCAGUGGAACACUCUUGGAAUACCAGCCUGCUGUGCAGCUGGCGAACCGAGAUGGAAGGCCGCUACAUGUGAAGAGUACAAUAGUAGCCAACGUCCUCCCCAUAGAUCCCCAUACAAAGGAAACGGUCCCUUUGAAUUCUUGGACUCUGGAAACGGACGAAUUCGGUUACGCCAGAGCCAGUGACAUCCGCGUAACCAAGGCAGGCCAACAUAUGAUUCAGUUCGUGACAACGCUGUGGCAGGACACCCGCCUUGAAGUGUCCUCGGCUCCUUUUGAGGUAGUCCCCGGGCCUGCCUCCGCAGCCAGUUUCACCUUAAGGCCCCCUUCAAAAGUGCUGAUUCGCGAACCGUUUAGUGUUGUGGCGGUUCUUGUGGACUUAUAUGGAAAUGAGACGACCAGCCCUCCUGAACUGCAAAGGAAAGGCAAUCCCGUGGAAGUUCACCUGAGGGCCUUCAACAAGGCUGGGCAGAGGGUCCCUCUGCACGGUCAAACUACUCAGGCUUGGGGAGAGGAAAGCGAUGGUGAAGUGCCGUCGCGUGAAUACUGGGGACAGUUGCAGGUCUCACUGAAGCCAAAGGACUGGAGCUUUGGAGCACCUCAAGAACCCGUUUCGGUGGAAGUUAGGAAGAUCGCUUUAUUGGCUCCUCUGCGCGGAUUGACCCGAGAGGAUGGGGCAAAGUACUUGAAAGUUGAGCCGGCUCGCUUAGUAUUUUCUGUAGAGAAUGCGGCGUAUCCCCAAAUAUUUUAUGUCCUGCCGUGGAGCCCUGGUGUGAUCGUUGGGAGUGAAGGGCUGUCCCACCCUCUGUCUGGCAUACACAUUGGGGCCUUUUCUAUUGAGCUUGACGUGGUUUCUGAUGACCCGUCUUGGUCGUCGACCGUUGUAGUAUUUGAUCUCCCCUCACCAGCGCCUGCACCUGGAGUAAGCGUAAGCUUUUUUCCUGGGCCUAAGGACCUUACUGUGUACGCCAAGGAUAGCGAUUUUAACGAAGUACUGGCUGGGUUUCCCCAGCAGCAGCUUGUUCGAGAAGGGGAAAUGAUUGCCUACACCCUGCGCCUCUCUGCCUGCCCGCUUGAAAACGAAGAGGUCGAGAUCCGCAUUUACGGCGACCGCAGCGGCGGCUAUUCUGUACAACCAGACCUUCUGCAUUUUAGUGCGAGUGACUGGCAACAAGAAAAGACAGUUUUGCUGAAGGUUGAACAGGAUGAUAUCGCUCCAAUUGGUGAUGAGCUCUCAUUUGAAGGAAGCAUUGUCGGAAACUCCAUUCGAACUCUGAUGCUACGCCACGAAGUAUCCAGCAGUGAGAAGGAUCACGCCUGGUCCAUGCGGGGCGGCAAAGAAUUGGCGUUUUCAGUCUGGGACGAUGACAUUGCAGGGGUCGAUUGGAAGGCAAAUUCAAACCAACUUGUUGAAUCUGAACACUUUAAGCUGGCUUUCCGGCUCCGCUCCCAACCGGUGGCUGACGUUAGCCUGCAGCUGCACUGCGAAGGGGCUCGAAUUAUUGCCCAGUUAGGACGUGAUCAGCAGCUCGACGACGCCUCUCCUACUUUGAGUUUAAAUGACAGCGUAGACCUGGGUAACGUUACCGUCAAACCUACGAACUGGCAGGCUGAACACGAGUUUCUACUACGCCUCGAAAUUGCCAAAGAAGCUUCCGACAACUCGGCGGCUCAAAACAACGCAAAUGACGCAAUAUUUCACACUUCCUGCAGUUUGCAGGCAACUUCGGAAGAUCCAAACUACAAUACAGAGGGAAAAUCUACUGCGCAACAACACGUGUUAGCCAUGCGUGGUUUUGGAAUACCUCUUGCAAUCAACCGCAUUUCAAGUCAAAGUUUAGCGGAUGGCGACCACGAUGGCCAAGCAACUACUCCAUCACUUGUUACCUGCGUUGGAGCACAUUACUUGCGCACGGCAAAUGGCAUCGUUGAAUGUUUGCCCUGCCCUCCGGGCUACGAGUGCCCCGAUCCCAAGGUUGCCCCCAAACCGUGUCCUCCAGAGCAUAUGUCACUGGGAGGCUUCCUGUCCUGCCUGCCGUGUCCUGAAGGUUUCACAUGCCCUGAGGGAACGGCUGUUCCGAAAGAACUCAGACCGGGGUUUUAUCAUGGUAUAUCAGUAGAGGGCAACGAUGUACGCGCCAGCGCAAAUGCUGCUAUACCUUGCCCCGAAGGAUUUUACUGCGCCGGAGGAUCAGCGUCGCCGGUACCUUGCUUGCCAGGAUAUGUUAGCGACAAAGGCGCAAGCGAGUGCAUCCCUUGUCCUGCGGGUUUUAAAUGCAAGACCGGCCGAUCCAUGGACUUGGAGGCUUGCCCUGAAGGUACAUAUAGCCUGCGGGGGGAGCAUGCUUGCCGGCCGUGCCCGGCGGGAUUCGCCUGCACCGUUCAAUGGGACAGUGAGCCCAACUCUUUCGACGACAAGCCCACAGAAGUUGGACUGAUCGGCAGCCGAGCAAGAAUUAACUUCCGAGGGGACCAAAGGGGCACCAGCUCCCAUGUUGACAUCGUAGAACAACCUAUUGUGGAGCUACUUCUCCCCUGCAAAGUGGGAUACUUCUCAGGAGAAGACACUCCUGUAGUGAUGGAAACGUCGUACGAUGCCCAGACUUUCACUAUGCAAGACUUGGUGAAGGUGUGUGCCGCCUAUGCAAAGGUGGUUAUCUUUGCAAAGGCGGAGCGACGGCACCGGAUGAAGGAGACUUAG